ACGCUUCACUUUAUGUGCUAGGGCAUGAAAUGUGACAAAGGAACACAACCUAGCAUAAAAUAGGCCAAAGAAGCGAUAAUGCAAGCUUAAACGAUCAAGAAACAAAGGGGAAAACAUGUGCAAAUAUCAAGUCAUAAGGAGACCAGAUUUAACUGCAGAGCCAAGAUGCGUGUUAAACACGACAAGGUCGAUGGGAAGUUGUAUGUGCACCAGUUUGAUAAUGUACACACUCAUGAAACGAUCCCUAGAGGAUAUAGGAACUACAUGAAAGGGAAACAUCGUAUGAGUGAUGCAGUCAAAGCAGCGUAAAUUUUAAAAGAGAUGCAGGCAUGAAAACUUCUCAGAUUGUGAAUCUGGUCGUAUCAGAAGCAGGAGGCUACGACAAUUUGGGCUACACGAGGAAGGAUGCAUAUAAUUAUGUGGACAAAGAGAGGAAAGAACAAAUCAGUGAAGGUGAUGCCGCAACAGCCCUAGCCUAUCUACAAGCUAAAUGCAGCGUGGACGAGCAUUUCGUUAUUGAACUAAAGAAGGAUGACGACGACCGGUUGAUUAACAUCUUGUGGGCCAAUAGUGUUUUUUCGCUGAUUAUGCAUGCUUUAGAGAAUUGUUGGCAUUCGAUGCUACUUACAAAAGGAACAUUUACCAGAUGCCUCUCGUGAUUUUUUCAGGUACUUGUCCUUCACACAUACAAUUAUCCUCAACAUGCUAAAAUAACCCUAGUAGUUUGCAUACUCGAACUUAUUUUGUACUUUUUUAGGUGUCAACCACCAUUCGCAAACUUGCGUAUUUACAUGUGCUUUUUUGGCUAACGAGAGAGAGGAAAAUUAUAUUUGGGUGUUGGGAGCUUUGAAGAGAAGGCUAGGCGGUGUAGAUCCCAAGAAUGUUAUUACAGAUGGGGAUAAAGCAAUGUGUAAUGCAGUUCAUAAAGUAUUUCCCAAUGCAACACAUCGUCUAUGUUCCUGGCAUAUAGACAAGACUAUAACCAGAAAUGUGAAGAAUUAUCCUACUUUUUUGCCCCGCUGGAAGCAUUUUGUGUUAGCUAAUUGGCAUAUAGACAAGACUAUAACCUUUAGAAUUCGAAGAUAAGUGGAAAUUAGUAGUGGAGGAAUGCUUCCUUCAGCACAACAAUUGGGUCUCCAAUUUAUUUGCACAAAGACAUGAAUGGGGAUUUGCAUACUUGCGUUUGAAGUUCUUCGCAGGCUUGAGUACAACAUCAAGAUGUGAAGGAUUGAACUCUGAACUUGCCAAUUAUAUUAAAAAAGGAUAAAAAUAUCCUUAGAGUUUUUUAUUCACUUUGAUCGUUGGACUAGGGAUAUGAGGGAGAAUGAGCGGCAUGCUGAUUUUGAAUCCAUUCAUCGAGAACGAACCAUCACAAGCAAUGUCUUAGUCUCACUUCAAAAGAGUGGAGCUGCGGUUUUCACAAAGAACGCAUUCUUCUUAUUCAGAGACGAGGUUGAAAAGUUGGCAUAUUGUGUAAGGGUGGAGUAAGUGAGUGUGUGUACAAGGUCAAGGUGUCUGGCACGGCUAAGGUUUUUCAAGUUACGUACACAGUUCAACCCUUUGCAAUGGAGUGUAGUUGUAAUCACUACGAUUAUAUGGGAAUACCAUACUGUCAUAUGAUAUUUGUACGGAAAGAAGAGAGCAUACUCGAACUUCAUGUAGGCCUAGUACGUCGAAGAUGGUAAAAGAAGCCGAAGACAUUAGAGAGCUUGCAGGAACAUGACAUAAUUAAUGAAUCGCAACUUUUCGCAUUGAGGGUUGCCAUGACUAUCAAAUUUUUUUUUAUAUUCAUAAAAGCUAUGACUACGUUACUUUUACUCACUUUGUAUAAAAUAUUGUGUCAAUCAGGUAUGGUACUAUUCAAUAAAGCAGCUUACACCUAAUGUUAAAAGGGGCAAAAUUUUGUGAAUGCUUCAAGAUUGCUCGUGAGGGAGUUCAAUCAUUAUGUGAAAAGCUGGACAUGGUGGACACUGGUAACGUGGACAUACCCGACAUUAAUAGACCGAAGGCAAAUGAUAUUUUGUUGGAUCCAUUACCGAUCAAAGCUAAAGGUUCGGGGGCUAAAAAAUCUAAAAGGAAGAAAGGAGACCCAUGACAGUGUAGUAAUUGCGGGGAAUGGCACCACUAUAAGUCCCGAUGCCCACAUCCUAUUGGCUAUGUGAAGCCAACCUCAAAAGAUGAUGCCCUGAAUGCUGGUGUUAUGCAAGAAGGUGGCGGUGGCGAUGACACCAAUGUUGAUCCUCCCACCACUCAAGCUCAGUCGAAAAUAGUGUAGAAGAGAAGGCAAAAGCAUUGCAAUAAAUGCGGUUCUACCAAUCAUAAUGCAAGAAAGUGUACUGGGUCUGGGUCAUCCGAGGAUAAAAAUGAAGAUGAUGUUGAUUCUCACGACGAUGACGAGCAACCUAGGGUAAGAAUAAAAGAUAAUUGUUCGUGUCUACACAAUGCAGUUGCAUCCAAUAUUUUUGUAGAACUAAAAUCGUUGUUAUCGAUUUUGCAGAAGAGGCCUAUUACCAGAAGUAGCAAGCUAAGGACCAGAGAUUUGGACACUUGAGUUCGUCGGAAUGCGUGUGUAAAAGGGCUUCAACUAUUUGAUCGGUGUUGGAAACUUGAACUGAAGCUGGAAGUCCUUCUCCUAUGCGGCGUCGUUUGAUAUAUAAGAAGACUGCUGCCUUCUGUGGUGUUGUUUAAUUUAUGUGUCUGUUUGAAUAAGGCCAAGUCGUGUUAUGGCUAAACAUCAAGUAUUUAAGGUCUUCUAUCAUCAUCAAUAAUAAUUGUCAGUUGAAUAAUUUUAAGCACUCUAAAUAAAUCAUUUAUAACAUUUCAGUUGAAUAAUUUUAAGCAUUCAUUUUUUUAUUGAAUUAUUAUAUCAUAUUUUUUAAUAUUGGCUACUAAAAUUAUGAAAUGAAAUUUUUUAUUUUCCAUUUCAUUUUAUUAUUUUAGGCGUGAAAUGAAAAGAGCAUGUGGCGACAGAGGAGCAGAGUUCGAAAUCCGGAAAAAAUACUGUUGGCCCAAUCGUAAAGACUUCUCAAAAUGGAGUCAGUAAUCAAGAAAUAAAGUACAGUAUUUUUAUUGGGAGUGAAGGAUCCCUCACCGAUUUAGAAGAUCUCAAACACUAAAAGUACAAUUCUUGAAAAAAACAAAACACUGUACUUUCCCUCCCUCUUUUAUCCUAUUAUACAUAGGGAAAAUUUCCCCUCUUGUAUAUAAUUUCGGAGUAUGAUCAACAUGUACGCAUCAAUAUUGCGCAAAAAAACCCAUCAUAUGACAUAGGGUUCCACAAUACCUAUUAUGAAAUCGUAACAACAUAUGAUGAUUUUUUGCAAUAUUCAUACGACGACUUGUUUUUCAUUGCUCCCCUCACCGCCUCUCAAAAAGCCCCUAUAUUGAGAGAAAAGAAGAAACAAUAAAACAAAGGAGUUAGUUUAACAAUCAUGAUCUAUGAAAGACAUAAUGAAAGGAACUGAGAUCUAAAAUAAUACGCAGUAUCAUCAUUACCACUGCAGCCGAAAAUAAAGCAUGGGACAGGAGGAUGAAGAGGCGGCUGGGGUUCAUUUUCAGAGUUUCAUAUCGAGAAAAUGGGAGAAAGGGUUCUUUUCAGGGAUUGAGAGGAGGAGGAACGAACAGCAGCAGGAGAUGAGUGCCAGUCGGGUUUUGGAGCACGAUCUCUCCUUCACUGAUUAACAAAUUUAUAAAUGGACUCGUAAUUACUUUGCCUUUCCCUCCCUUCCCAUUUACUGAAAAUCACACUCCCUACCACUACCUUGGCCUUGGUAACUCCAUCAUUGGUUAUGGUCAAAUGCGACUUUCCGGAUUCGGCGAUAUCUGAUUGGGUGACACGCAUGCAACAAGGAUCAAAGGUAUUUCACCAUUGAAUUAAGGGAAAAGUUUAGGAAUUGACGGCGGGAGAUGGGGAUGUGCUUUUAUAAAUAGUAUGGCUUUGUAGAUUAACUAACUUUUUCGUUUAGCAACAUUACUCUAUUGAUCUGGUUUAUGUUAUUCUAACUUGAAUCAUAACCCUAAACUCUAAACCCUCAACUAAGGCUGCCGAGUCGAGUUUUACUCCAGCUUGAGCUCGGCUCGUUAAUAAACGAGUCGAGCUCGAGCUCAGCUCAUUUAUUAACGAGCCGAGUCGAGUCGAGCUCGAGCUAGCUUGUUUAUUAAAAUCUUAACUUUUAUUUGAUACUUCAUUUUGUAUAUCAUAAUACAUAUGAUUUAUUUUGUUAGCUCAUCUCAUAUUAUACUUUGUGGGUAUCAUAUAUCAUUUCGUUAAUAAUUUUGAACUACUCCAAAUCAUGUUAUUUCAUGGCAUCGAAGCAAUUUAUGAUGCAUAAUUUCUUUUUAAAGUAGAAAUAAGAUAUAUUGCUCACAAACUCAACGUGUUAAACUUUAUAUAUGGUGAGAUGUAUAAUUUAACAACCAUAUGAAUUAAAAUCAUAAGAUAUAGAUUGAUUCGUCCAUAAGUUGGUAAUCGAGUUGGCUCUCUAGCCACAUGUCAAGACAUAUCAUGAGCUCUAAACGAGCCAGCUCACGAUUUUAGCUCAACAAACCACCGAGUCGAGCUAGCUCGCGAGCUUCAUGAGCUGAACAAAGAUGAGCUCGUGUUCGGCUCGUUUAUUAACGAGUCAAGUUUCGAACGAGCUUUUAUCGAGUCGAACGUCGAGCCGCUCGCGAGUAGCUCGGCUCAUUUGCAGCCCUACCCUCAACCCUAUAACCUAAAUCCUAAACCCUAAUACCCGAACCAAUCAAUACCAUAUACUCUACAACAUGAACACCUUAUACACUAACCAAUCAAUACCAUAUAUACUCUAAACCAUCAACACCUUGCUACCUACCUUAUACCCUAACCUUCAAUACCUUAUACUCUAAACCAUAAACACCUUCUUCUAUCUCCAUCCCUAACUUUUAGCAAUUGCUAAAGAUGAGGUGGAGUUUAGGUGGCAAAAACUUAGCAAUAGUUAGGGAUGGAGGAGUUCUUUCUAAACUAGAAAGAUUGCUAAAUUAGCAAUUCUUCUAGUAAUGCCACAUAGAUAACUUUCUUUUUCCUUGUUUAUUUACUUUUCAAUUGAUAAGUGUUUGUGUAGCUUUGAAAUAGUAAAUGGGACCCACUUUAGCAAUUGCUAGCAUAGUUUAGGGAUGUAGAUGACUAGAAAUUGAUAAGUGAUAAAUUGCUAAAAUUGAUGAUGUGGCUGUAGGGACCACGUUUAGAAAUUGCUAACCAAUUUUAGGGAUGGAGAUAAUCAAUACUCUAACCCAAU